AAACACAAACGAAAUCAAAACAAUAUAACAAUCUAAUUAUUAUCUCUUAUAAUUACUUAAAAUGAAUUGCAAAUGGCUCAAAGUGACACAGAAUGUACAAAAAGGAAUCCAGAUCCUAAACUCAUUAGAGGAUUCAAAAUUUGAACCAUUUUUAAAAAGAAUUGGAACGAAAUUAAGGUUGCAAGAAAUUGAAAUUUUCACAGAGGAAGAGAAGAAGAAAUUACAAGUAAUAUUUAAAGUUGAUGAAGAUACAUUAAUGAUAGCAAUCAAGACAUUAAUAUAUUUACAUAAAAGACUUUUAAAAUUUAUAUUUAUGCCCGUUAAUUUACAUAAAGAUCUAAUCAAUAUUGGUUUUAAGACAGAAAAGGCAAAAUUUAUAGUCAAGUUAUGGUCAUCGGAAGUAAGUUCUACAUUGAAUGAUUUAGUUUGUAACUCGAUGGAUAAAGAUGGUAACAAACAAACAUUUUCAUGGAAAUUAAACACAGAAUUAAGUUCUGAUAUUCAAAAGAAAUGCAAGAUACCAAAGGCUUAUUUAUCACUGUCAAAUGAUAAAACAGAACAAGACAUGGAAUUAACUCAUUCAGACCUGUAUACAAUGUUCAUACAAUUUGAAGCAAUUCAAAAUGAAUUAGAUAGUUCUGUUUUAUAAUAAUUGUUUGUAAUAUAAUACCAUUUGUGCCUUUUAAAUCAUUCAAUUGUUUUUCAAUUAUUAAUUGUGUUUAUCAUACGUAUACCUAAAGACAUGAGAGUGUUUCAUACAAGUUUGACAUUUAAAAGUAAGAUCAUUUUCGAAAUGUCAAAAGGUGUGUGACGCAAAAGUAUACCAGUAACAUGAAAAAAUGACCGAAAUUCGGGA